GGUUUCCAGGGGAGCACAUUUACUGUGACACCACUCGAGCAUGACUUUUAUUUACUAUCGUUUUGGGUAAAACGUGUCAAAAUGCAAAGAAGUACGCUGUCCAGAAAACAAACAACGAGGAACUGCUAACUUAUCCUUGACUGCGUUCCAAUCGUCGUUACAUGUCGUUACAUUUCUCUGAGAAGCUGAAGUGAACUAGGUGCGAGGAGAGGUCGCUUGGGAGUUGUGUUUUACCCACAGCGGUGCAAGAACAAUACAUCCAUGAGGUGGCAGUCAUGAACAUCAAAUGUUUACCACCUGGGAAGAAGAGCAUUUAUGAAAUGAGCAAGCGCGACUCUACUGGACUCAACGCUUCCACCCAGGAUGACUUUUAGUCACGAAGAGACUUGGACUCAAAGUGUGACGUUGCCCGGUGUCCUCCAACCGCUUGUACGGAUUCUUCUGGAAAGGGAUCCUGACCAGCUCACGGCUGUUGGGAAAAGACACCUGCUUUCCGUCAACUUCCGACAUCCUUCCAAGACCGUGGAAAGGAAGUUGACGUGGGCCGACUGCGGCGCCAUCGGAGCAUCGCCAAGCCUUUGCGACUACGAUGUGGCGGUGGCCCUGGAGAGGGAGGAUGCCGGCCGUCUGCUUCUGUGCGGGACAGACCGGCGAGAGACGAUAUGCUGCGACACGAACCUGUCAGACGAUGCUCCCGCUUGCAGACCUGCUGACGACCUGGAGAGCAUACGAGGGAGCAUCAGGAGCUUUAUUGUGAAAGAUGGUGAACAUUCUGCUCUGGUUGAAUCGGCAGAAGGUUCCUCCUCGCUGUAUGUCACGUACUCGGGCUCCAAGGAGUACGUCGGCAUUCACAGGUUCGGCCAAAACCGAGUCGGACCCGCCAACCACGAUAAAGAGCAGCACUACUUGGGUUUGUUCCUCAGCAGACGGCCAGAAGACCCUUUGCAGGACCAAGUGUACGCCUUCUACAAGGAGAGAAGCAAAGACGCAAGCUUGUCCGGCGGCACGUGGAUUCCAUACGUCACACGGGUCUGCGUGGCAGACGUGGGCGGGCCCAAGAACAACAUGCAGUUCACAUGGACGUCCCAGAUGAGCGCCAGGCUCUUGUGUGGCCACCGGGACAGCAGACAGACCUUCUUCGAGUUGGUGGAUGUGGCGACCGUGCACGCAGACCGCUGGCAGGACACCCGCGUUUAUGCCCUCUUUCGGAAUGAGUGGAACAUGAGCGCCGUGUGCGUCUACGCCAUGCACGACAUCCACGACGUCUUCGCCAGCUCGCCGUUUAAAGGCUCGGACCAACAGGCACGCCGGCCAAGGAGGUGUGGUUCAGACAGCACAGCGCUCCCUCUGGACGUCCUCAAGAUGAUCCAGAUGACCUCUGAGAUGGAGCAGUGGGUGUGGCCUGUGAAUAAGUCUGGUCCACUUCUGCUCAGUCAUCACGUGUACACUCGCAUCCACGCCGAUGUUGCCGACUCGGAGGAAAAGACGCUUCUCUUUUUGUCUCUCGCGAGUGGAGGAGUUCACAAGGUGGUCCAGACCAGGAGCCAGGCCUUGGUCAUUGCUGAAUACAGACCUUUCAAGCACCACGCCCACAUCGGCAGCCUCAGCCUCCAUCCUUCCUCUAAGAACCUCUACCUGUCCUCCACCAGCCAGCUGCUCCGGGUGGAUGCGGCCGACUGCGCCCGCUACGGAGAAACGUGCGAGGAGUGCGUGUUGGCCCGAGACCCGUACUGCAGCUGGGACGGCGCCUCUUGCAACAGCGACACCAGCGGCGCCGUCAGCAUCCAGGAUGUGACCUCAGGAAAUUACACCAUCUGCACAACCUCACCUCAACUUCAUCUCAGUAAAGUGAUCAGACCCUCGCGUGCGGGCGAAGUGGUGGUGCCGCUACCUCCCGAGUCCAAGUACUUCCUGCGGUGCCCGACGUCGUCCCGCCAUGCCCUCUACGCCUGGCGUCACCGUGACGAGCACUCGUCCUGCGACUGGAGCCAACACGGCUGCCUCCUCCUGAUUGACAGCAUGGGCCCCCGGCAGGAGGGGGGGUACGACUGCGUCUCCGAGGAGCGGGGCCACCGCCGCGUCCUGGCCCGCUACCGGCUGCUCCUCGCCGGAAGCUCGCCGCGUCACUCGAGAGAUUCCGAGUGUCGGGGAAGCUGGAGUGGGAAGACGGGAUUUGUCCGUCUGCUUGGAAGCCACGUGCAUGGGAAUCCAUCAGCGUCAAAGCUAAGUGUUUUUACUCUUCCUUCGUCGCUCCAAUCGUAUUCUCUUUGGGUCUUUCCUCUUUUAACUUGUUCUGCAUGACAGUUACUAGAAAUCAUUUUAUCAUUUUCUUUAUUUAAUAUGCAUACACACCAGACUCAGUAAGUAGCUUCUGGAGAAAAAAAAAUAUAUUAAAAAAAAAAAAACUGAAGUUGAUCACUGGGACGACGAAAAAAGUUGUAAAGUUGCGAGAAACGAGUCGUAAAAUUACUAGGAAAAAAAGAAAGAAGUCAUAAAGAUAUGAGCAAUAAAUGGUGAAGUUAUGAGAAAAACGUUGUAAAACUACCAGGAACAAUUGGUAAAGCUAUGAGGGAAAAGUGGCAGUUACGAGAAACAAGCCGCACGGCUACGAGAAACCGGUGGCAAAGCUACAAGAAACGGUUCACAGAACAGAAGAAAAGUCGUGAAGCUACGAGAAAAACAUGUCAAAGUUAUGUCAAUCAACUACAAGAAACAUUUUGCAAAUCUGCCAGAAAAAAAGUGGUAAAGUUACGAGAAAAAAGUGGUAAAGUUACGAGAAAUGAGAUACAAAGUUGGGACAAACAAAGUUACGAGAAAAACGUUGCAAGAAACAAAUCAUUAAGUUACGAGAAGAAACUUUCUAAGACAAAAAGCUGAAGCUCUGCCAAGAAGUCGUAAAGCUACAAGAAGCUGUGAGAACCAAAUGGCAAAGUUAAAAAAAAAAAAAAGUAAGUUGCAAGGUACCUCGAGAAAAAGUCUCAAAACUACAAGAAAGUCACAAAGUUACGAGAAAAAGUUUCAAAGAAAGCUAUGAUAAACAAGCAGUAAAAUUAUGAAAAAAGUUGCAAAACUACGAGAAACAAAUCGCAAGGCUACCACAAAAAAGUCAGUUACGAAAAAAAAGUGGUCAAAGCUACGAUAAAAAAGUGGCAAGACUAAAAGACGCAAGAAGUCAGUUAUUAAGAAAAAAGUUGCAAAGAGAAAAAAGUCGCAAAUCUAUGUUAUUACAAAAAAGUUGCCAAACUACGAGAAACAAAUCUCGAACUUUCGAGAAACAAGUCGCAAAGGUACGAGAAACAAGCAGUAAAGUUAGGAAAAAAGUUGCAAAGUACAAGAAAUAAAUCACAAAGUUACGAGAAACAAGUCGCAAAGGUACCACGAAAAAGUCAGUUACCAAAAAAAAAUGUGGGCAAAGCUAUGAUUAAAAAAAGUCGCAAGAAGUCAAUUAGGAAAAAAGUUGCAAAGAGAAAAAAGUCGCAAAUCUAUGUUAUUACAAAAAAGUUGCCAAACUACGAGAAACAGAUCUUGAACGUUCGAGAAACAAGUUGCAAAGCUACGAUAAACAAGCAGUAAAGUUAUGAAAAAAAGUUGCAAAACUACGAGAAACAAAUCGCAAGGCUACCAUGAAAAGUCAGUUACCAAAAAAAAGUGGACGAAGCUACGAUAAAAAAAAGUCGCAAAGCUAAAAGACGCAAGAAGUCAGUUAUUAGGAAAAAAGUUGCAAAGAGAAAAACUUUGCCAAACUACGAGAAACAAAUCUCAAAGUUUCGAGAAACAAGUCGCAAAGCUACGAUAAACAAGCAGUAAAGUUAGGAAAAAAGUUGCAAAGUACAAGAAAUAAAUCGCAAAGUUACGAGAAACAAGUUGCAAAGGUACGAUAAACAAGCAGUAAAAUUAUGAAAAAAGUUGCAAAACUACGAGAAACAAAUCGCAAGGCUACCACAAAAAAGUCAGUUACGAAAAAAAAGGUGGCAAAGCUACGAUAAAAAAGUUGCAAGGCUAAAAGACGCAAGAAGUCAGUUAUUAGGAAAAAAGUUGCAAGGAGAAAAAAGUCACAAAUCUAUGUUAUUACAAAAAAGUUGCCAAACUACUAUGAGAAACAGAUCUCGAACGCUCGAGAAACAAGUCGUAAAGGUACGAUAAACAAGCAGUAAAGUUAUGAAAAAAGUUGCAAAACUACGAGAAACAAAUCGCAAGGCUACCAUGAAAAGUCAGUUACCGAAAAAAAGUGGGCGAAGCUACGAUAAAAAAAAGUCGCAAGGCUAAAAGACGCAAGAAGUCAGUUAUUAGGAAAAAAGUUGCAAAAAGAAAAACUUGGCCAAACUACGAGAAACAAAUCUCAAAGUUACGAGAAACAAGUCGCAAAGGUACGACAAACAAACAGUAAAAUUAUAAAAAAAAGUUGCAAAAACUACGAGAAACAAAUCGCAAGGCUACCAUGAAAAAGUCAGUUACCCAAAAAAAAUGUGGGCGAAGCUACGAUAAAAAAAAGUUGCAAGGCUAAAAGAUGUCAGUUAUUAGGAAAAAAGUUGCAAAGAGAAAAAAAUCGCAAAUCUAUGUUAUUACAAAAAAGUUGCCAAACUACGAGAAACACAUCUCGAACUUUCGAGAAACAAGUCGCAAAGGUACGAUAAACAAAGCAGUAAAGUUAUGAAAAAAGUUGCAAAACUACGAGAAACAAAUCGCAAGGCUACCACAAAAAAGUCAGUUACCAAAAAAACGUGGGCAAAGCUACGAUAAAAAAAAGUCACUAGGCUAAGAGACGCAAAAAGUCAGUUAUUAGGAAAAAAGUUGCAAAGAGAAAAAAGUCGCAAAUCUGUUAUUACAAAAAAGAAACAAAUCUCGAAGUUUCGAUAAACAAGCAGUAAAAUUAUGGAAAAAAAAUUCAAAAUUACGAGAAACAAGUCGCAAAGCUACCACAGAAAAGUCAGUUACCAAAAAAAAUUGGUCAAAGCUACGAUAAUAACAUUUGCAAGGCUAAAAGAAGCAAGAAGUCAGUUAUUAGGAAAAAAAGCGGCAAAGUUAUGUUAUUCCGAAAAAGUGUCAAAUUACAAGAAAAAAAUAGCAAAGUUACGAGAAACAAGUCACAAAGCUACUUAAAAAAAAAAGUUGUAAAACUACAGAAAAGAAGUCUCAAAGCUAAGACAUAAAAGUCGUUUCGUAGCAAAACGUCCUCAUCACAAACGUCUUUUGUUGUCGUUUGUUUUGCUGAGCACCAGAUUGCUUUUAUCACGUUUAAUAAACAAGAAAAAAAAGCUAAACAUGGAAGUGGACCUGCCCUUUGUUUGUUUGUUUUGUGUUUUGAAAUGAAGACUUCAGUUUGUUGCGUCACGUCUGCCUCCCAGUCAGCAACGCCAGGGAAGCAACUGGUCAAGUUGGCGCCACUAAAAUAAACACAUUUAGCCAACAUCGCAUGUCAAAGGUCAUUAAACACAACAAGUUAUUGGCAUCAUGAUUUGGAGUGCAUGGGAAAGUGGACAUCGGGUAAUGGCCUCCAUAUGUCCUCGUCUUCAAUGCUUACUUGCCAGUAUGACCUUACAGUAGGGGUGUCCAAAGUGCAACCUGCUGUCCAUUUUUGGCCCUCAGCUUGUUUUGUUUUUUUAAUUAUUGUCCCUUAAGUUACUCAUUAUUCAUGAGUGAAGUAGUUAGCUUAGUCGCCUUUAACACAACAAUGAUUACCUUUAGCAUCAUCAAUGCACAAACUACACCUUUGCGAUGCCCCCCCCCCCAGUAGUGAAUAAUGAGUAUGUAUGUUUGUCCACUUAAGUACUAAUACGUGUUAGAGGUGACGGAUGGAAUGUUUUUUCUGCACUUGAUGUUUUAUAGCAUCAGACAGAAAUGGAUUGAUUACCAACGUCUACGUUUAAUUGGCUCCCAUUGUUCAGACUCUGACAAGACGGGGGCUCAUGGGGGGGGGGUUGAGGUCAA